AUCGUCGCUGCCCUCGUUGCCCCAUGUGGCGCCAGCCGCGGUCACACCCGCGCCCCCGAUGGCCAGCCGCAGGGUAACCUGUGGCCCUCGGCAACUCCUCUGGCGCCCGUGCGCCCCAGUCCGCGCCCGUCCCGGCGGCGGCGGCGGCUCGCCUCGCCUCCGCCGUCUCCGCCGCUUCCCCUCCCCAUCGCCCCCGCCCCGCGCGAUGGUCGACAGCUUGGGGGCUGGCCUGACUGGGCUGCUGGACGAGCUGCUGGCUGAGCAGCUGGACGGCAUCAAGGCGCCGCCCGAUCCAGCGCCGCCCGAGAAGGGGCGGAUCGACUCGCCUCCUGCGCUGGCGACGCCCGUCCAGCUGAGCGGGCCCAGCGCCGCCUGCGCCGGCGACGCCCGGCCGACGAGCCUCGAGGUCCCCAGCAGCGCGCUGAUGGACCGCGCGUUGCGCGAGGAGUCGGAGGUCCACUCCGCCGAGCUGACACAGCCCGAGGCUG